UGCAGACAAGCUCAACAGUGUCGACUUCGGUGCGGUCUGGAACAGAACUUUUUAGUCGUCGGUUUGAAUUCUAAUUAAACUUAAAGAUUUGUUGUAUAAGAAGUUCGUUGGUAAUAGAGAUUUGCUUAGUUUCAACGCGGCAAACAUCGAGUGCAGAAGUGCUAAAAUAGACAUAGUCGUUUCCAUACGAACCGCAUCCAUCAGUGGCAAAGGCCUCCGAAAAUAUCGUCCAUGGCAUAUUGUUGAAAAGUUGCAUGCACCAACGGUUUCAGUAGCACACUAUAUUGACGUGAUCCGUACCAACAUCCCAGAGCCACAUGCUGUAGCAUCCUCGUUUGCAUCCGUCUAAACUUCAGCCAGCAGAUCAGCAUCGAGCCGAACAGGCAAGCUGCUUACCGACUGAAACGGCUUCAUUUUGGAAGUCUCCAGCAGGAAGUUGCUUGUUAUUAAAACUAAAAACAGGAUUGGAAACAUUAGCGUUGCAGUAAAUAGCUGACGCGCUUGGUGCAUCAUUACCACUCGCUAACUUGAACAGUGCACGGCAGACAAAAGUGAAGUUCUUGAUUCCAGGUCACCAACUGAUACGAGACCCUCGUGAUGAGCUCGAAAUUCGCUCGGGCACCCUUACUGAAGUGCUACUUUAUUGCUCUACUAUUCGCAUCAAUCAAUGCGGAAGAAAAAUGGUCCUGGUCCAAGAAUGGCAAUGAAAAUGGCAACAACCACCUCAGCAGCAACCCCGACAGAUUAAACGUUAGGAGCGAUGUCAUCGCGUUUCAGGAGCAAAAGCAGACCGAUGACACCGGAAGGAGAUACAACCAACAGCAAGACGUUCGACUGGGCCGCUAUGAAGUGAAAGAAUCCGCAACACGCCGACCAACAUCUGGUAAACCGCUUAACGACGAGUUUUCAGGUGAAGUUAAUGGCAACGAGAAUGAUUUUGGAAUAAAUCAGCGGUUCGGUGGAUCGAUAAAUGGUCAAUUUCCUAACAAUCCCUAUGGAGGUCUGAAUCCUGGAUUCGGAGGUGGAAAUCCAGGUUUAGGAGGUGGAAAUCCCGCUUUCGGAGGAGGAAAUCCCGCAUUCGGAGGUGGAAAUCCCGCUUUUGGAGGCGUAAAUCCCGCAUUUGGAGGAGUUAAUCACGCUUUCGGAGGAGGAAACCCGUACUUGGGUGGCAGUUACCCUCAACAAUCUGGCUUUGGUGGAGGGUACGGUGGAGCAAAUGGAAUCUUAGUAGGACCCACAGGACCUACCGGAAUAAUUGGACGACCUUACAAAGGAUAUAACGGAGGAUACCCCGGAGGAUAUCCCGGUGCUGGUGGCUAUGGAGGUUAUUCUGGAUUCGGUAAUCAAGGUGCAUUUGGACAACCAGGAGGAGGUUUCUAUCCCCAAGGAGGCCUUGGUCAAGGUGGAGGUUAUUAUGGCGGACAAGGUGUAAAUGGACCAAGUCAAUUCAGACCCGGUCAGUUUGGACCAGGGCAAUUUGGACCAGGACAAUUUGGAACUGGGCAGUAUGGAACUGGACAAUUUGGGCCAGGGCAAUUCGGACAAGGCCCAGUUGGAGGGUUAGGACCAAUUGGUGGUUUGGGGUCUAUCGGAAGACCAUUUGGAGGUCCUUUUGGGCCACAGUUUGAUCAAGCAAAACAGGCCACAAAAAAAGCGGAGAAGAAAUCCGUUUGA